AUGAAAUUCAUCCGCUAUAUUAUGCAGUGAGCCAAUUAAUCUGAAAAUACUAAAAUUAUACUAAAUACUAAAAUUAAAUUUUAAAAUUAAGAACUAAAACUGAAAACAAAUUUGGGGCAACAUCAGCUGGGUGAAAGGCUCUUUUGGAGAUCUGUACAGUGUUCUGCGAACUUCACACAGAGUAAUUUUAAAGUUUUUCUUCUGUACCCACAAAAUCAGAAGAAACCAAUAUGGUAGAUGAAAGACCAGUAACAAAGCUCAAUGUCUCCACCACUAAGGAUGAGGAAGAAAUUCUUGCAGCUAAUGGUUAUCAGCUCAUCAAUUCUGACCUCAGUGAAGGAACUGGUAAAAAACAGGUCUAUCUUUGGUACAAGAAAGAGCAUGGCUUGAAACCUGUGACCAGGAUCCAGUUUUCAUUCACUGACAAAAUGAAAUCUGGUCUGGCGGAUGCUGGGUAUGAGCUGGUGGACAGGGAUCUGAAUGCAGGAGCUGGUGGAGAUUUCAUCUUUCUUUGGUACUUCUACGGCAGCACUGAAUCUGACAUUCCCAUUAUGAACCUCAAGGUAAGCAAAGAUGCCAAAGAAGAACCUGCUCUCUUGAAAGAUGGCUGGGAGAGACUGGGCUGUGAUCUGAACCGUAGGGCGGGAGGAAAGUUCAUCUACCUGUGGGUGAAGAGAGAGAAGCCGAGCUACAUCUGUGAGAUCAAAGCAACUGUUGACUUCUCUUGUGACAGGUACAUGUUUGAGCAGGGCUACACUCGUGUGGAUGAAGACACCAAUCGUGGUGCUCGUGGAAAGUAUGUCUUCCUCUGGUAUCGCCGCUCAACUGAUAAGAGCAAGGCUCUCACUGCUCUUAACAUAUCCACCUCCCCCCAGGAGCAGACAAAGCUUCAGACUGAAGGCUUCGAAAUGGUUGUUUCGGAUCUCAGUAUAGGAGCCGGUGGAGCAUAUGUCUAUGCAUGGUACAGGAAAGAAAGAUGUGAAUCACAGAUCCAAGCCAUGGUUCUACUGAUCAAUCCUGAUGCCUGGAAGGAGUAUCAGAAAGCUGGCAUCAGCGUUGUCGAAAAAAAUCUGAAUGAGGGCAACAAGGGCUGGAAAAUGUACAUAGCAUACAAGUGAAGGAUGUAAGGUUUCUUCGGGACUUGAUAGGUACUUGAUAUUAAUAAAUUUGCUUCCACAUAGAUUAAAUUAGUACAUUGAUGGUUAAAGAGGAUGACAUGCAAAUGUAAAAGGCAAAAAAAAAAUUAAAAAGGAGUGGUCGAUGAACUAUUCAUAAAUUCUUAAAGUUAUGCUCAUUAAGCACUUGACCCCAGUUUGCCUCAGAUUCACUUCUUUAUUGAGGGUACUGUAAGUCGCUUUGGAUAAGAAAACAUUUACUAAUUGAAAAAUGUGCUCAUUAUGUCCAUGAGUUGGCAGAGCAGCUUCCCACAGAGCAGCUCAGGUAUAUUAUGACCAUGUACUGUUGUAAAACAUUGUUUCCUUUUUGCAAUUUAUUUUCUUUGACUGUUUGUCACUCUUGUGAAGACUCCAGUCACGGUGCUAGUGGAAAGCAUGCAUUAUGAAAUAAAGCCGACUUUAACUACAA